AAGAGAACGACUACACACACACAUAUACAGAGAGAGAGAGAGAGAGAGAGAAACAACAUUCAUAUAUAUAUAUAUACGUAUAGCUCGAUGGAUCGAUCGAUCAUGGAGAUAGAAGAAUUAAGCAGCUGCGAGGCACUCCCUCUUCUCUCCCUAAACCAUGUUUCUCUCUUGGUGCGUUCGGUCUGGACCUCCGUCCGCUUCUACGAGGACGUCCUCGGCUUCUUCCUCAUCAAACGCCCCUCUUCCUUCAACUUCAACGGUGCCUGGCUGUACAAUUAUGGAAUAGGGAUUCACUUUCUUGAGAACAAGUCCGUGGAUGAAUUUGAGGCGGUGAACGAACCCCGGCCGAUCAAUCCCAAGGAUAACCACUUAUCCUUUCAAUGCACUGAUGUAGGGCUGGUGAAGAGGAGACUGGAAGAUCUGGGGAUAAAAUACGUGACGGCGGUGGUGGAGGAGGCAGGGAUUCAGGUGGACCAGGUGUUCUUCCACGACCCGGACGGCUACAUGAUCGAAAUCUGCAACUGCGACAACCUGCCGGUGAUUCCCAUAUCGGCCUGCUCUUUCAAGACCAAGUAUUCCAAUUACAGCAAGAUUGCAGCCACCAAAUGCGGCUUAAUGGAGACCAUGAUGAUGGAGAGCCUAAGCAUGGAGAUGAUGACCUUCUCCUUCUAAUAAGUUGCUGCUGCAUGCAACAUCAAUUUCAAUCUUUUAUAUAUAUAAUGAUGAUGAUGAUGAUUCUCUUCUUGUGUAAGACAUGAAGGAAGGGAUCGAUCAUACUUGAAAGGGCUUCUUCUAUAUAUAUAUAUAUAUAUAUAUAUAGUCCGUUGAUUUUGUGGGAUAUACUACAAAAAUCUGUUUUAUGAUGCAAGGUAAUUGUGAGUGAGAGAGAGUUUUCCUCUUCAUCAUUUCCAGGUUCAUGUACUUUGUUCGAUCAAUUUCUUUUAAUUCGUGUAAUGCGGAGUCCGCAAUGUGUGGAUUUUGAAGAUAAAUGAAAAUCCUCAAAAGAUUAAUUGUGUGUA